AUGCGUGUUCUCGUCGCAUUGGAUUUCGCCAAAGAGCAUGGUCAUAGAAAGUAUUCUCCAACUCUACUCUCCAAGGAGAUGACAGACAAAACGUCUGGUGGUAUUGUCGAUACGCUUUUCAUUGACUUAGCUCCAGCCAUUCUUAAAACUCCAGAAUUUCUUCGUGAGACAAACUAUGAAAAUCCCGAAGAUCACUCAGCUGGGCCCAUUCAAUAUACCUACAACACCAAGAUGACAUCCUUUGAAUGGUUAGCCAAGGACCCAGCCGUCCAUGAACGUUUCCAAGCCUAUGUGGAGGGCACUCGAGAGAAACGGCCGUAUUGGGUUGAUUGGUAUCCCGUCCAGCAGAGAAUAUUAGACCACUACUCCGGCAAUCAAGAUGAUUCACUUAUUAUAGAUAUUGGUGCCGGCAGUGGACGUGACAUGUUGGCAUUCAAGAGAAAAUUCCCCUGUACAACUGGGAGAAUCAUCAUUGAAGACCUUCCAGCUGUGUUCAAUGAUGUUCACUACCACGAUCUAGGACUCGAGAAGAUUGGAUAUGAUGUCUUCACUCCUCAGCCUGUCAAGGGAGCUCGUGUCUACUUCCUCAAAUUUGUCUUGCAUGAAUUCUCCGACGAAAACUGCAAAGAAAUACUCACGAAUAUCGUCCAGGCAAUGAAAAGAGGACAUUCCAAGAUUCUUAUUGAGGAAUUCAUUCUCCAAGAUGAAAAUGCAGGUCUAUUUCAUUCAAUGGUGGAUAUGAUUUUGAUGGUUUUCGGUCCGGGUAUUGUCCGCACAGAGACAAGAUGGACUGCGAUUCUCAAGUCCGUAGGGCUUACUGUCAAUAAGAUUUUUCACCCUGACAGUGAUGGUCCGUCUAUCAUUGAGGCUGAAUGA